AUGCCAUGUGAAGGCUGCAAGGAAAGGGACAAUAAGAGCACUGAUGCAACCAUGGAGUUCGUCCUGCUCAGCUUCUCUGAGCUGCUCUGUCUGAGGGUCUUCCACGUCCUUAUCUUUCUCAUUAUCCAUUUGGUCAUGUUGUCUGGGAAUGUGAUGAUCCUCAUGGCAGCAGUUAUGGAGUCUUCCUGUCCUCACAUGCUUUUCUUCCUCUGUCAGCUCUCUGGCAUCGAGCUCUGCUAUACCUUAGUCAUUGUCCCUAAGGCACUCCUCAGCCUGAUAGGGGUGGACAGCAGCACCAUUUCUUUCACAGGCUGUGCUCCACAGAUGCACCUUUUUGUGGCACUUAAUGGGGCUGAAUGCUUCCUCCUGGUAGCCAUGUUGUACGACUGUUAUGUUGCCAUCUGUUAGCCACUUCACUUUGUAGCUGUGAUGAGUGGGGGGUUCUGCCUCAGCCUGGCUGUGGCAUGCUAUCUGGGAGGCUUUGCUGGCCUUGGGUUGAUGGUGGCUGUUUUCUGCUUACCUUUCUGCCAGUUGCAUCGUAUCAACCACUUCUGAGAUGUCCCUGCUGUGCUGCACCUGGCCUGUACGCAGAGUUACACUCCUGUGCUGCCCUUGCUGGCUGCCUCUGUGCUCCUCCUGCUGUUCCCCUUCCUCCUAAUCCUGACCUCGUAUGUUUGCAUUGCUGUUGCUUUGUUACAUGCUACCUGUUCCAUGGGAAGGGGCAAGGCCUUUUCCAUCUGCAUUUCACACUUGGCCAUGACCUUGCUACCCUAUGGAUGUGCCACCUUCAUGUACAUUUGUCCUAAAUCCAGUUACCUGCCAGUUUGAGACAAGAUGGUGUCUCUGGUCUACACCAACAUUACACCAUUACUGUAUCCUCUCAUUUAUAGCCUGAGGAACAAGGAAAUCAGAGGGGUCCUCAGGAAAAUGUUGAGGAGGAAGAAAAUAGUUCAGCUGAACAUGGAUACUAUCAGAUCUCUGUGUGUGAGGUAA